GUCAGGUCGGCCAUACUUGUCUUUUCUAUCGGUUGAAGGAGAGAGACGAAGCCAUGAAGGGGAUCCGGAGCCUCACCCACAUCUCUAGGCGCUUCUACGCCGUCCCCACGCGCGGCCGGCCCCUGACAGAGCCACUGUCGGGGCUAAAGCUCCCGUCAGGGGUCGUGCUCCCCCACCAGGAUGUCCACGUGACCAAACUGCCCAAUGGCCUUGUCAUUGCCUCCCUUGAGAACUACUCUCCUGCAUCAAAGAUCGGCGUGUUUGUCAAAGCGGGCAGCCGGUACGAGACGGUGGAGAAUGAGGGCGUCACUCACUUGCUCCGGCUGGCAGCUAACUUGACCACAAAGGGGGCAUCGGCGUUCAGGAUCUGCCGUGGCGUGGAGGCCGUAGGGGGUAGCCUGAGUGUGACCUCAUCGAGGGAGAACAUGAUCUACUCUGUGGAGUGCAUGAGAGACCACGUUGACACCGUUAUGGAAUACCUGAUCAAUGUGACCACAGCCCCGGAGUUCAGGCCGUGGGAGGUAGCUGACCUCACAGCCAGGGUGAAGAUUGACAAGGCACUAGCCAAUCAGAACCCACAGAUUGGCUUGGUGGAGUUGUUACAUGCGGCAGCUUACAAGAACUCCCUGUCCAACUCUCUGUACUGUCCAGACUACAUGGAGGGUCGCGUCAGCUCCGAGCAGCUGCAUUCAUUCGUCCAGAACAAUUUCACCAGUGCCAGAAUGGCCCUAGUGGGGCUGGGUGUGCAGCACUCUGUGCUGAAGCAGGUGGGGGAGCAGUUCCUCAACAUCCGCAGCGGGACGGGGGUGGCUGGGGCCAAGGCACAGUACCGCGGAGGCGAGAUGCGGAACCAGAGCAGUGACAGCCUGGUGCACACGGCAGUGGUGAGUGAGGGGGCGGUAACGGGCUCGGCAGACGCCACCGCGUUCAGCCUGCUGCAGCGCAUUCUGGGGGCGGGGCCUCACAUCAAGCGGGGCUCCAACACCACCAGCAAGCUGAUCCAGGGCAUCGGCAAGGCCACCGCCCAGCCCUUCGACGCCUGCGCCUUCAAUGCGAACUACUCGGACUCCGGGCUGUUUGGGGUCUACACAAUCUGCCAGUUUGACUCUGUUGCAGACGUGAUCAGGGCUGCCAUCGCCCAGGUGGACAGCGUCGCCCAGGGAGGCCUCACAGAGGACGAUGUCACCAGAGCCAAGAACCAGCUGAAGGCGGAAUAUCUGAUGACCCUGGAGACCUCAGACGGCGCGCUAGAAGAGAUGGGUCUCCAGGCCCUUGCAGCAGGAACCUAUCUGUCACCUGAGACCAUUACCCAGAGCAUCGACGUCAUCACCGUUGAUGACAUUAUCAGUGCUGCGAAAAAGUUUGUGGCUGGCAAGAAGACGAUGGCCUCCACCGGCCACCUGGUUAACACGCCUUUUGUAGAUGAACUGUGAAAAAAAAAAACGGACGUUUUAAAGAAAUUCAGAGGCAUGCUGCUCAGUCAACAGAUAUUGUCAGUCCUAAUUCCCUCAAUGACUCUGUCCACAGGAAGUGAUUGUCAUCCUCACCACCUAGAAUUCUUUUUUAACGUUUGUUCUGUAAUAAGUGUUCAAAAAAGGCCAAAGGUGAACUGGUCCACUUCUGUCCCAUUAAUGUAUAUCAGAUGUAAAUUCAUUAAAAGGUAUAUCUACGAUAAA